AUGCUUCUCAUCGGUCUUACAGGCUCGAUUGCCACAGGCAAAUCGACAGUCUCUUCGAUGCUGUCUUCACAACCAUAUAAUCUGCCAAUCAUAGACGCAGACAUUCUAGCCCGCAAGGUCGUGGAACCUGGAACCCGUGGGUAUCAAGCCAUCGUGAAGCACUUUGGACCAACAACACCAGAGCUACUUGUGGAGCCCUCAGACAAAAUGCCAGAAAAUGGGCCCGACGGCAAAGGCAGACCACUCAACAGGCCAGCUCUAGGACGAAGGGUAUUUGGCGAUAGCGAGGAAAGGAAGAAGGAUCGUUCAGUGCUCAACCAUAUUGUGCACCCAGCUGUACGGUGGGAAAUGUUCAAGUCUGUGGUAGGAUACUACUUUCGCGGUCACUGGGCAGUAGUGCUCGAUAUUCCACUGCUCUUCGAAAGUGGUCUCGACAAACUCUGUGGUGUCGCAGCUGUUGUUGCCGUCCGCGACCCAGCAAUCCAGAUGCAGCGCCUGCGAGCGCGCGAUCCUCAUCUCAGCGCAGAAGAUGCUGAGAACAGAGUGCGCAGCCAGACCGAUGUGCGAGAGAAGGCUCAACGGUGCGAGGAGCGGGGGGAGGACAAGGGGAUCGUGCUUUGGAACGAUGGGUCUCGAGAGGACUUGCAGGCGCAACUGGACAAGGCGAUCAAGGGGUUGAAGAAGGAGACUCCGGACUGGUGGACGUGGUUGUUGCUUGGAUGCCCACCUCUGGCUGUUGCGGUUGCGACGUGGAGGUUUUGGCAGAAUCUUAUUAUCAAUGAGAGAUGGGAGGAGAAGAAAUUGCAGGCUAAAUUGUAG